CUAAAAUUUUGUCGGAGUCCAUUGCAGAGGUGAAGCGGGUGGGGGCGAGAGUGAGUCGAACACUCCGGAAGCCCGGGACGAUAGAUUCAGGGAUGCCUGAGAUUCGACACCAAAAAUUUUAGUUCCAAAAAAAAAACAUAAGCAAAAUGUCUCCCACCAAUCCACUGGUUUACACAUUCCAUCUGAGGAAGAAGAAGAAGAUUCUGAUGGAAGAUAAAUCCAGAUGGCUUCUCUGUGCCAUCUUCAUCUCCCUUCUUCUCGACCAUGGUGUUGUCGCCGUUGGUGUUACGCAUGAGGAAGCCAAACUCCUCAGGGACGAGGUUCGUGAGAUGUUCUAUCAUUCAUUUGAUGGGUACAUGAAGCAUGCAUUUCCGCUCGAUGAGCUGAAGCCCCUAUCAUGCGAAGGAGAAGAUACUUUGGGGGGUUAUGCCUUGACUCUGAUUGAUUCACUGGACACAUUAGCUUUACUUGGUGACCGAGCAAACUUCACUUCCUCUGUUGAAUGGAUUGGUAAAAAUCUUCAGUUUAAUAUAAAUAAAACUGUGUCUGUGUUUGAGACUAGCAUCCGAGUCCUUGGCGGUUUACUUUCUGCCCAUUUGAUAGCAAGUGAUUAUGCAACGGGCAUGCGAAUUCCAUCUUAUGACAACGAAUUACUAGUCUUGGCAGAGGAUUUGGCACGGAGAAUGUUACCUGCAUUUGAUACACCCACCGGAAUUCCAUUUGGAUCUGUCAAUUUGAUGCAUGGUGUUGACAAACAUGAAAGCAAGAUAACAUCAACUGCUGGGGGUGGUACUCUGACGUUAGAAUUCGGUGUUCUCAGCCGUUUGACAAAUGAUCCUGUUUUCGAACAAGUUGCAAAGAAUGCAGUAAGGGGACUAUGGGCCCGCCGUUCAAAUCUCGACUUGGUUGGUGCCCACAUCAAUGUAUUUACAGGUGAAUGGACACAAAAGGAUGCUGGGAUAGGAACAAGUAUUGAUUCGUUCUAUGAGUAUCUCCUCAAGGCUUAUAUUUUAUUUGGAGAUGAGGAAUAUUUGUACAUGUUUCAAGAAGCUUAUGGAGCUGUCAUGCAAUACCUUCACAAGGAUCCUUGGUACGUAGAGGUCAAUAUGGAUUCUGCAGCUAUUGUCUGGCCAUUGUUCAACAGUCUUCAGGCUUUUUGGCCAGGACUUCAGGUUUUAGCUGGAGAUAUUGAUCCAGCAAUCAGAACUCACACUGCCUUCUUUAGCGUCUGGAGACGAUACGGUUUCACUCCUGAGGGUUUUAAUCUCGCUACACUCAGUGUCCAGCAUGGGCAAAAGAGUUAUCCUUUGCGGCCGGAAUUAAUCGAAAGCACAUAUUGGCUGUACAAAGCUACAAGAGACCCCAGGUAUCUUGAUGCUGGACGCGACUUUGUCACUAGCUUGCAAUACGGAGCAAGAUGUCCUUGCGGAUAUUGUCACAUCACAGAUGUGGAAUUUCACAAGCAAGAAGAUCACAUGGAGAGCUUUUUCCUCGCAGAAACAGUAAAGUAUCUGUGGCUACUCUUCGACUUGGCCGUUGGCCCAGAUAACCGCGUUGAAAAUGGCCCGUACCAGUAUAUUUUCACCACGGAAGGCCAUCUACUACCGAUGACGCCACAGAUAUCUCUAGUCAGGGAACACUGCUCUUACUUUGGCUCUUACUGUAGGAGCAAUGCUGCGGGGAAAGAGGAACAAUAUCCAGCGGCCAACAUAUCCUCGGCCAGCACCCAAGAUAGUAACGAUAGUAGUAAAAUAUCUGGAAACGGAUUCGGGAAUAGUAUCCCAUUGCAAUAUCCUUAUCAAGAGCCUUCCCCAAUCACCGGUUUGAUUAAGGGAGUAUGUCCAGCACUAACACAUGCCCAGAAGUAUGGAUUAUCGCAUCUUUUCCUGGAGAGAAUACCUCAGGAAGAUGUAUCGACAACCCCUGCGAAACCCGGCCGCUCGAUGGUUUUGAUCUCCGACCAAACCAUCGAUAAGACGAACCCUGAAGAAGCAGCAUUGUCGGCGCAGCCUGAACCUAUCGUGGCAGUCUCUGGCAGCAGCGACAAUGGCCAGACAACUGAUGAAGAACUGACCUUGUUGGAGUCUGAAACUGAUUCAACAGAAGAUCCAACGCUCUAGGCUGUCUUUGAAACUCUCUGUUUUGACAUUUUCGACCUCGAUUCUGAUUUAAAUCCCUAAAAACGAUGUCGGGUUUUCGUUCGUCGACGAUUCAGCAGAGUCUGGGAGGAGCUGCGGCUGCGGCGGAGUCAGAGUUCUUCCGCUUCUGAAGUAAACGCUAAUGUCUUGUAGGCGGUCUUACGAUUUUAUUUAUGAAACGUUUAGGAAAUGAAGAUAGAAUUUUUCAUUUU